AUGUCGCAAAGACCCAUUUUCGUGGCUACUCAUCCACGAGCAUGUUCCACGGCUUUUGAACGAGUCUUUAUGACUCGCCGUGAUGAUAUCCAGUGUAUCCACGAGCCCUUCGGCGAUGCCUUCUAUUAUGGCCCGGAGAGACUCAGCGAUAGAUUCGCCAAUGAUGAACAGGCCCGUUUGGACAGCGGAUUCAGCGAGUCCACCUACAAGACCGUACUGGAUAGAAUCGAGCGUGAAGCCGCCGAAAAUGAGGGCAAGCGAGUCUUCAUCAAGGACAUCAUCCACUACCUUCUCCCCGCAGACGGCAAACCCGCCAGCAUCGCCCCGUCGCUGAAGAGAAUCAAACGUGGCGUAGGCACGCAGGAUGAUACAUCUGCAAGCGAGAAUGGCGGGGCCAAUGGCACCGACGCCAACGGCCACGCCCACCACGCCAACGCUAAUGCCAACGCCAACGGCGCAACCAACGACCACGUCCACACCAAGCCAGGGCCGUACCCGUACGACACGGCACCGGAACCGGGCAACCCCACGGUGAUGCCGCAGGCGAUCCUGUCGCGCUUCCACUUCGCCUUCCUCAUCCGCGACCCGCACUUCAGCGUGCCGUCGUACUUCCGCUGCACGAUCCCGCCGCUCGACACGGUCACGGGCUUCUACACCUACGACCCGCUCGAGGCCGGCUACGACGAGCUGCGCCGCACCUUCGACUACCUGCGCGCCGUGCACCUGGUGGGCCCGCACGUCGCCACCCGCGAGCAGGACGCCGCCGAGCUCCUCGACGACGGCAAGCCGCGGCCCGUGGUCGCCGCGCGCGAGUCCGGCGCCGAGAUCUGCGUCGUGGACGCCGACGAGAUGCUCGAGAAACCGGCCGCCAUGAUCGAGGCGUUCUGCCGCAGCGUCGGCCUCGAGUAUGAUCCUGUCAUGUUGACCUGGGAUACCGAGGAGGACCACCAGUGUGCGCGCAACGCGUUCGAGAAAUGGCGCGGCUUCCACAACGAUGCGAUCGAGUCGAAGGGCCUGAUGGCGAAGAAACCGCACCCUCCUAAAUCCGAAGAAAAAUACGACGCCGAAUGGCGCGAGAAAUACGGGCCCGAGGCCGCCGCGCGUAUCCGUGAGGUCGUCGACCGCAACAUGCCCGACUAUCUCUACCUGAAGCAAUUCGCCAUGAAGGUUUAA